AUUCUUGCACGUCCACCACUUGUCAAAGAUGUCUGUCUUAGAUUUAAGAUAUGUGUUGGUGCUUCUUAUUAACAAUGUGAAAUCCGAAAUGGCUAUGCCGACGCAAUGGGAUCCCUUUCACAUUGUAGCUAACUUUACUUGGAUGAAGUUUUGCUUUGUUAUCAUUUUGAUCUUGGUCUUCUCCUUCGUUUCUGUCGGAAUCCCAUUAGUCCCUCCGGAUAAUAUGAGGUAUGUUAUCACCCUGCAAGUCAAGAAAUUCUCUCCUGCUCUUAUGAUUUUGUUCUUGGCUUUGUUGUUCUUAUCCCAAGUUCUCUUCUGGUGCGUCUAUCCGGUGAUUUUGUUAUAUUUUCUUUGUUCUACUCGUAUUUCUAAUUUGUUCAAAAACUUCACAUCCCGGCUGCAAAUGAUGCUUUCUGUUGGGCCAAAUUCGAAUGUAUUUAUAGUUGCAGCCGAUGUUGCGAUUGAGAUAAACAGAGAAUUGCAAGAAAGAGCAGGAGAAGUUGAGGGAGCAACUAUUGAAGAGGAUGGACAAGGAGAGUAGUAGAAGCGACUUCGUUAAUUGUAUAAAACAAACUAUUUUCUUCUUUUUUAGCACGUUGGUUUAGUAGGUCUUGUUAGUUGCAUCUGUCUCUAAUUUCUUGCAACAAUUUAUGUACAAAAAUCACAUUCUGUAAAAUGUUCAUACCACAAUUUGCAAGUGUCACAAGUGUUAGUCAAUACAGAAGUUAGGUUGUGAUUUUGUUAUUACAUUAGAAGAAUGAUUGUGGUCCUAGUAUUUCCAUGUGUAAGAAAUAUACCAGAGCAGCCACCACAUAAUUAAAAGUGCAACUUUUAAACAAGCAUGUACAACUUCUAAAGCAGCGACUCGCUCCUCUCUCCAUCCCCAUUUGCGUGCACGCCUUCAACAUCACAUCCACACCAUGCGCAUGAAAUCCGAACAGAAACCCACCUCCAAAUUGGCCCAACUUUGAGGAAUCCGUAUCCGUAUAUACAUACAAGCACGCACCCGUUUUGAGUUUGAUUAGUCUUGUUGGAAGGUGUUGAAGGAAGUAUGGAAGUGAUUUGUCCGAUCGGUGUGUGCGUCUCUGCAUCUUCGUCGUUGCUGUCGCCGGCGGUUAGUAAUCGGAAAACCCGUCGGCAGUUUGUGAAGUUGAAUCGAGAUUGUUCAGCUAAAACGAACAGUAGAAGAAGACCAGUGAGAAUUCGAGCUCAGCAAAGCGAUUCAUUGGUAAAAGUCGACAAGACCCUGAGUACAAGUAGCAGCAGCGCGUUGGAGCAGCUAGAUAUUGAACGCGGUGUUUGUGUCCCCUUUCGGAAGUACACCCCAGAAUCAGUGAGGAGUAAAGUACUGGAGUCAAGAGGUGCAAUAUUAUCAUUAAUUGGUAGAGGAGUGGAAAUUGUAUGGAAUUUGGGUUUCUACUGGUCUACAUUGAUGUAUGAUUGUUUCGUGGGCCGUGAUGAAGAAGUUGUUCCUUUCCGUGCUCGCCAAUUGAGGAAUCUCCUAUGUGACUUGGGCCCAUCUUUCAUCAAAGCUGGACAGGUGCUUGCAAAUAGGCCUGAUAUUAUUAGAGAAGAUUACAUGAAUGAACUUUGCAUCCUUCAAGAUGAUGUUCCUCCGUUUCCCAAUCAGGUAGCUUUUGACAUCAUAGAAGAGGAACUAGGCCAACCUCUUGAGGCUGUCUUCAGCAAAAUUUCAUCACAAACAAUUGCAGCGGCAAGUUUGGGCCAAGUUUAUCGGGCUACACUCCGGUCAUCUGGGGAGGACGUCGCUAUUAAGGUUCAAAGGCCUGAGAUAGAGCCCAUUAUCUAUAGAGAUCUUUUUCUUUUCCGUACUCUAGCAUCAUUCUUGAACGGCAUCAGCUUGCAAAAACUGGGUUGUAAUGCUGAGCUUAUAGUUGAUGAAUUUGGUGAGAAGCUUCUGGAGGAGCUUGAUUAUACCCUGGAAGCCCGUAAUAUUGAAGAUUUUCUUGAGAAUUUCAAGGACGACCCUACAGUUAAAAUUCCUCGUGUUUACAAGCAGCUUUCUGGUUCACGUGUGUUAGUGAUGGAGUGGAUCGAUGGGAUUCGGUGCACAGAUCCUCAGGCAAUCAAGGAUGAAGGAAUUGAUGUAGAUGGGUUUUUGACUGUUGGAGUAAGUGCUGCCUUGCGGCAGUUGCUAGAGUUUGGUCUAUUUCAUGGUGAUCCACACCCUGGAAAUAUCUUUGCCAUGCGUGAUGGACGUAUUGCAUACGUGGAUUUUGGGAAUGUGGCUGUUCUGAGUCAGCAAAAUAAACAAAUUCUUAUAGAUGCUGUUGUCCAUGCUGUAAAUGAAGAUUACGCUGAGAUGGCCAAUGAUUUUACUAGGCUUGGUUUUCUAGCUAGUGGAACUGAUGUCGCCCCCAUUAUACCAGCUCUGGAAGCAAUAUGGCAGAACUCUGUUGGGAAAGGGCUUUCGGACUUUAACUUUAGAAUUGUUACAGGCAAGUUCAACCAGCUAGUUUACAAUUAUCCUAUCCGCAUUCCAGAAAGGUUCUCUCUUGUUAUUCGCUCCUUAUUGACUCAAGAAGGCAUUUGCUUCACCCUGAAGCCUGAAUUUAAAUUUCUUGAGGUUGCCUAUCCUUAUGUGGCUAAGCGCCUCCUCACAGAUCCUAAUCCUGCUUUACGUGAACGUCUUAUUCAGGUUUUAUUUAAAGAUGGGGUUUUCCAGUGGAAACGACUCGAGAACCUUAUUAUUCUAGCAAAGGAAAAUGUGGCAAAGAUGAGCAGCAACCCUGCAUUGCAGGGAAAUAACAUGCAAAGAUCUAGAGAACGGCAAAUUGAAAGGAAAUUGGACCUCACAGACACAAUCAAGGAUGGGGCUCGCCUUUUCCUAAUUGAUGAAGGAAUUCGUAGACAACUUCUGCUUGCUCUUACUGAAGAUUCCAAGCUUCACAUUCAAGAGCUUGUGGAUGUAUACAGACUUCUCGAGGACCAAGUAGAUGUACCCUCAGUCGCUUUACAAGUAGCACGAGAUUUUCCUUCUGUUGCUCGGGACGUAAUGCUUUCCUGGAGUGCCUCUGUCUUAUCUGAUCGAUAAGCUUCACCUGUUGGCAAUGCUGCUAUACACCAUCUUGUCUUAUUUAUAGGAGCCUUACUAUAUUGUAAAUGCAUUUUUUUGUAGUUGGGCUUGAGAUGAGACCAAAAAGAAAAAAAGAACUCAUUUCAACUACUGUAUAUAGCCAUAAUUUUCUAUAUAUAGAACUACCAUUCUCUGUCUCAAAUGUAUAAAUAUGUUCAUCAGUCUAUUUAAAUAUCUUGCAAUUGUCUGCUUCAAA